GCGCGCGCGUCCCUUGUAUGUGUGUAUGUACAGUACCUCCUGAUCGCAGGCAGAAGAGGGACGACUGAGUUCUUCAGUAUAUAUGCAAUUCAAGCGAGAGAAGAGCAUUGAACAUUAUUUUCCUUUGCCGGCUUGAUAUUCAUGUUGGCAGAAAGAAACGCGCGCGCUUAUCAAUUUCAGGAUUGGAAUCGCCGUAUCUUUUCGAGUCGCACGAUGGAUACAAUGCAAUCUUUUGUGUGACACGAAGAGAGAGAGGGAGAGAGUCUACGUUUUAUCUGACACUUGAACAUCUCGACCAGAGAUUUGUUCGGUUAUUCGACGUGUGAAACUAAUGUAUAUUAGUUCGUUGAACCUCCUGUGCUGUAAUUACAGUGCCAUACCUGGCCUGUGACAAUGCGGGAAAAGAAAGGUGGUGCUCUCAGUAGAGUGCAAAAAUUAAAAAAGCGCCUUAGUCACAGCUUUGGACGUCUUUCUAUAUCAAAAGAAGAGGCUGAUGAUGCAACAACGAGAGGUCAAUUGCCGUAUAAUGGUUAUUCGGAGGAGUUCCUAGACCGCUUAGAGCCAAAUGGCAAUAUACCUGCGGACAAAGAUCGUCGUUAUGUUUUCGGAAAUUGGACUGUCAUAGAAUGGACAGGUGUGGGCGACCAUGAGAGAGUGCAUCGACAGCUUUCGGUUUCUAGCGAUUCGAAGCUUCUCGAUGAAGAUAUACGAGAGGAAGCUAGGGUAAUUCUGCGGCCCCGACGCCCACCGCGGCCCAAAUCUGAAGUUUUCCUUGGUCCAGAACCUAGAAGAACUAAAAGAUUUUCCGCUUUUGGGGGAGAUUCGCCAUUCGGUAAAUCCGAAGCUUAUAUAAAAUUGGAGCAGUUAGGAGAGGGAUCAUAUGCCACAGUGUUCAAAGGCUAUAGCCAUCUCACUAAUCAAGUGGUGGCUCUUAAAGAAAUUAGACUGCAAGAGGAGGAAGGAGCUCCGUUUACUGCCAUUCGCGAGGCAAGUCUCCUCAAAGAGUUAAAACAUAGCAAUAUCGUGACUUUACACGAUAUCAUUCAUACCCGCGAGACGCUCACCUUUGUGUUUGAAUACGUUCAUACCGAUCUAUCCCAAUAUAUGGAGAGGUAUUUCGGGAACGGAGGAUUGGAUCCCCGUAAUGUUAAAUUGUUUCUUUUUCAACUGUUGAGAGGACUGGCAUACUGUCACCGCAGGAGGGUUCUGCACAGAGAUGUAAAGCCACAGAAUUUAUUAAUCAGCGAGAUAGGAGAACUUAAAUUGGCAGAUUUUGGGCUAGCAAGGGCCAAAUCCGUGCCAUCGCAUACAUACUCACACGAAGUCGUGACCUUAUGGUAUAGACCGCCCGACGUUCUUUUAGGUUCCACAGAGUAUUCCACCUCGCUUGAUAUGUGGGGAGUAGGUUGCAUAUUUGUGGAAAUGUUAACUGGUGAACCGACAUUCCCAGGUGUACGCUGUACGUACGACCAACUUGAUAAGAUAUUUAAAGUACUGGGCACACCUACCGAGGAGACUUGGCCAGGUGUCACGCAUCUGCCCGGGUAUAAAGCACAUAGACUGAUAUUUUAUCCGCCGCGGAAACUGGGACUCUCGUUUCCUCGGCUGUAUGAUAUCGCCGAGGGCGAUAGUAUGGCGUCAUCGCUCCUACAACUGAAUCCCGAUCAACGGAUAGGUGCGGAGGAAGCGUUACGUCAUCCCUAUUUCGCCUCUCUUCCUAGGAAAUUAUAUGAAUUACCUGAUGAAGUGUCGAUAUUCAGCGUAGAAGGUUGUCACUUGUAUACAAACUCGAGGCACGGGUGCGCGGAUUCGCGUCACACGACUCUUAAGACUUGAGGUUAAAGCAAACGUUAAAUGAGUAAAUUAUAAGUAAAUUCGCAAUUUACACAUUGAGUGAAAUAUUCAUUCUCAUGAGAUUCAUAUGUGUCUGUGAAUACACUCACAUACACACACACACACACAACACACAACAAUACAUAUACAGAUAUACAGAUACACAGGCGCACAUGCACUAUUCCCAGAUGCGUUGUUCGCUCUCUCUCAGGGCUGCUCCAUGAUUUCCGCCACUAUUCUUUUCACACACAUGCAAUAAUAAUAUUCUUUUCUCCUUCUUUUCUGAGAAUAUACGUAUCGAGUAAAUUAAUUAUUAACGAAGAUAAAUCGUAAUUCUGGUCAAGGAAACAAGAAAGUAAAGCUUACGACUACAAAUAAAAAAAAAAGAGAUUAUAAGAACUUGCGCACGCUCGAUUUAGGAAGCAAAAGCACGCACGACCCAUCCUCGCACUUCGUCCAAAUACUAGAUUUAGAUCAAUACCAAUCAAAAAGAAAGAUACCAUACCGCCGCCCUGCGUCUCCCCGAUCCCAGCCCAAGCCAAGUAGGGCGGACGGUCGCUGGUUAGCAAAACUAUUUACGAAGUAAUUACUACUUAUCUUAGAAAAAUUAUGGAAGACCUGUAGCACUUUAUAUAAACGAAUUUUACUGCUGUUUCGAAUACGAUGUUGGUCGCUAGGACAGUUGAGAAUAUUGAUAGAUAAGAUAGGGAAUCGUUGUUUGAAUUAAAUUUAUUGUUAGCCGUGAUGAUAGCACGUAAGGUAUAGAAGUUUAGGGGGAUCAAAAACAGCGCAUCAGUAUUAAUCAAGUGCCAUAGUAGCCAACAUCGCGAGAUGCAGUGAGAGAAACUAAUUGAACGCUCAUCGUUAAUAAUACCCGAUUGUAGUAAUUUAGACGUAAGUGAUUAGCAUUAGAUUGUAUUUAAUAUCACAAUCGAAGUUUAUCGAUAAUGUUGCAACGUAGCGUAAAUGAUAGCAAAUUGAGACAAAAAGAGAGAGUGAAUGAGAAAGAAAGAGAAAUGAAGUAGUGAUUUUAGACUUGUCGAAAUUUUAUUUGUUCAAUUUGCUUUUAAUUAUUAUUGACAUUAGCCAAAUAUGGUGCUCGAGCUGUAAACUGUGACAUGUACAAUCGACCUCAUACUCGUGAUAUAAAAUAAAAUAUAUUUAACGAGUAUCCGUUCGAUUUAAAAAAAAACUACCGGAUAUAAAAUAGCGUUGGCAAUAGUAGAAAUAGGAAAAUGUAAAGAAGAAAAAAAACGGCGUUACAGUUCUUCCAAAUUUUGUCUAAGCUACAAUUGACGAUUUUUGCGGUAAAUAUUACUCCUUUUCGUAGGUUACAUUUAUACCGAUUUUUCAGCACACUUAUUAAAAAAAGAAAAAUAUAUCAACGAGGUGAAAGUAAAAGAAGGGAGAAGGAGUUUCGAAAAGAUUUGAAAGACGCUAUUAUUAUUACUACCGAUUAUUGCGUUUAUUUCGGUAGAUUGUAUAUAGAAUUACCAGAUUCGUAUUAUCGAUGAUGCUGAGAUAGCUAAAUCGAGAUAAUAAAUGUGACUUUGUAAGAAA